UGAAACGUCAACACCGGAAAGUCGCAGAUUAGGGGACAUUUAGUUGGACUACUUUAGAUAGCAGCAAUAUCUUACUUUUUCCAACUGCUUUUAAAUUCUUUUACACAUAAGCAAGCAACAUGACGGGUUCAGCAGCCACCAGGUCCAACAUGCGAUCUCCAGGUCGUACGCCUCCUUUUAUAUUAAUAGGAUUGUUAGUGCUUGUUGGAUUUCUUGGCUAUGAAUACUGGAGCUACCACAGUGAAAACAACGAGCUUAGAAACGAGAUUGAAAAGGUCAGGGUGGAAUCAAGAGACUUUGACCAAAAAAGAUCAGAAAGUGAAAAGAAUUUGGAACUAUCAAGAGAGGAAUUGGGACGGGCUAAAGUAGAGCGGGAAGGAAUCCAAAAGCAACUACAAGAAAAGGAAGCCGAGUUGAACAAUGUUAAAUCAGAAUUCACUAAAAAACAAACGGAGGCCGAAGGUUUUCAAAAGACUUUGGUAGGUUAAAUAAUUAUUAUUGGGUCCAAUUAUUGCUUUGAUUAGUUGAAUUAGUAAAAGUAGCCUAUUUAUUAUUACUAUUUAUUAUUAUUUUUUUUUUAAAGAGGACUUACUUAAAAUGAGUAAGUAAAAUAAGAUAUAAUAUAAUUAAAGUUAUAAGUUAUAGGAGGCUUAAAUGUGACAACCAAAAACUUCCAAAAAGUUACGACAGAAAACCUUAAACUUAAUCUAAAUAAUUAAUAAAAAUCAAAUAAUAAAUUUAUUUAAAUAAGGUAGGUAGGGUAGAUAUUAUAGACAUAGCAGAUAAAGCUGAUGAAUAUUAUUAGUAGUAGUAGUAGCAGCAGAUAUACUUAGCAAAAGUGCCCAAUGACUGCGAAUAACGAUCAGCGUUAUUCAAAGAUAUCAGUCUGCCAACCAUCUGCAGAUAACGCUUGGCAUUAUUCACAUAUUCGAGGCUGGUCGCGUAAUUUCUGUCUAAGUGAUCUGAAAUUGGCAUUAAAACGAUGUUGGUAUAAAAAGUUCAGCAUGUGGGAUGGUCAGCUAGUUGAAAGUUUAUGUGCAUUGUGCAUAGCUUCAAUAGUCUUACUGUGACAACAGUACCAGACAUGUUUAAAAUAACAAUUUUAAUGGCAAUGAAAUGAACAUACUGAAAACAUAUCUUUGACAUGAAAAAUUUGAGCUCUCGUAAAAAAAAUAUAGAUACAUUGAAACAAAAAGCCAUACUGCUACUGUUGUAACUAUGGGUCAAAAUAUAAAAAGGCAUAUCGAAUUAUUUGGAACCCUGUGGUAUAUUCAUAUGAUGCCAGUUUUGGGAAAGUAAAGUUCCCUUCAGAUCAUGUUGGCCUACCCAUGGGGAAAUUGAAGUAAGCAGCCUUUACAAGUUUCUGUGGCUAUGGCAUACUGAGUGUAUGGCCAGCACAAUGACCAUCCACUUUUAUUUUUCCCUAACUAAUGCCAGGUACCCACCAGAGCUGGGUACACUCAGGGACACCCUCAAGAAGAAGCAAACAUUCCUAGCCUUCACCAGGAUUAGAUUCUGGGACCCUCGGUUGGCUAGUAGAACGCGCCGGCAUUUAAAUUACAUUAUAUUUCGAAGUUAUAUGCCACUGUACCUCCCCAUCCCUCACAUGGCCACCUGAUGCAGCCACCUCUCUGCAUCAUAACACUGUUGCACGGCAUGACUCUGCAACUAGUGCAUAAUUUCCUCAUCACCACCAGUAACAGAAACAUUGCAAAUCCCAUCUACAUGCAUAGGAGCCAAAAUGAUCAAUAAAUUGAUCGUGGGCCCUUAAGAUAUAGAAGAAGAAGAACUAUUUUUGACAGAAAAUUUCUGGACUAGGUGAAAUAAUUUAGUGCUUUAAAAAACUAAAUGAUACCCAUCAUUUUAAAUUUUAAGACCACUCUAAAUUGGGUAAAUGUAAGUCUACAUGUAGAAUUGAAACAUGCUACUGACCCCCCACUCCCUUACAAGGCAAGGUUUUGAAAUGUGUUUGUGCCAUGCUCAUUAAAGAUCGAUCUAAACCACUUAACACUACACACACACACACCCCUCACCCCCACCCCACCCCUGGCUUGGAAUAUGAUCCUAAUUAUUUCUAGAAAUUUGCGUGAUUAUGCGAAAAUUUCUGUCUGUCGAUAAAACCCUGCCUUAUUCUAAAAUUUCUUUCUGACGAUAACCCUCUGCAUUAUUCCAAGAUUUCGGUUUUAUUCGCAGAGCUGGCGAUUAACGCUUCCCUUUUUUUUUAAAGCUCCAUUAUGAAUAACCAGCUACUAAUUGCCAUUAUUUUCUUUUCUCUUCAGGCCAAUUGUGAUGAAAACCUUCAGGCUCGGGUGGCUGAAGUGGAUAAAAUUAAAGGUAUUAAUUUAACAUGGUGAUGCAAUUUGCCAAUGUGGAUAUUUUGUUGAUUAAUUUGUCUUUGGAUAUGACGCUAGUUGUAAACUAAAUGUAGAUAGCCAUAAUACAAUUUUGGAUUUUCAAAAGAAUUUUAAUGGAUGUGUAAGCAACAGUGAUUUGCAAGUCUGGAGGAUGGCAAUGUUUCUUCUUUCCUGAUUUUUUUUUUUUAUGUGGCGUUCACACUAAGACAUGUUGGAUGGUGCUUAAAAAAAAAUUUCAUUACUCCGAAGGCUUCAAUAGCUGUAUUUGAUGUAACUUACUCAUGUGAUGUUGUUGUUUGGUUAUUUCCUUGUUUUUCUUUUGGUAUGUCUUACACCCCUAUUUACCACAGACUUAGACUUCACAGAAGAUUUAAUGUGAUCAAUUUAUUUUUGUAAGCAAUUAAAUCAUGCGAUGAAUGUAUCAAAACAGAGAAAAGCAUGUCUUUUAUAGAGCAUAAUAAAGUGCAUUCAAAUGAUCCUAAUAAGGAUGCCAAUAGUUAGAUUAAAGUUUAAAGAAGUGUCUCCUUUUUCAGAGGCAAAAAGUUUAGGCCUACAUAUUUUUACACAGACAACAUUUAUUUCUUCAAAUUCUCAUUUCACCUAAUAUAAAUAAUUAAAAAAACAAAAAAAAUAUAACUCUAGUUUGAUAGAACAAUAUCAAGCGGCUUGCAAAAAGAAAAUUUCCAUUGCGUACUAAAAGGUUGCCCACCCCUGAUGUAACUACUUCUUUUAAUGUCUUUUAUUUGUUUGCCAUCGCUUUGAUUCAGCAUUUCUUAAACUAUCAUAGCUCAUAUGUUUUCACCUGUUUACUACAGAAGAAGAUUUCUAAUGUUUAUAUUUACAAAAAUAUUAAGUCACAUAACUAUAAGGGCCAUUUUUACCAUGAGGCAUUAGGUAAAACUUUAUAAAUGAUAUAAAUAAGUCAACGCUAAUUGGGUCUUAUUAUUGUUUUUUAUUCAUAACAUAAUUAUUAUUUAAAUAGAGUAAUAAAAUCAGUGGGCCCACUAAUCAGUAGGAUACUCAUCUAGUAUUACUGACACAAUACCGAUAAACUGUUGAAUUAAAUUACUUCUUGAGUAAAGAAAAAUUUAAUAUAUAAUAUAACAUGAUGUAAGCCUAUGCAAAUUUUAAUUAUACUAUGUGUAUUUUUGAAAUAAUAAAACAUAAAUUUUCCUUUUUUAUUCUCAGCUGAAAAUGGCGAGUUGACAAAAAGUUUAGAGGCUGAAAAAACAAAGCUUCAUGUUUGUGAUUUAAAGUAA